GAGUCCGGGAGCAGGAAACAGUGGUCUGAAGAAAUUGGGGGCUCACCUUGGGGGUUACACGCGCAGGCGUACCCUGGUGGCGCGGGAGGGUAGGACUGUGGACCAGCCUUGGUCCGGAGCCCUGUAUCUUCAGGACUUGACCUUUCUCCAAGAGGGAACACAGAAGAAGAUAAAGAAGAAAAUGACUCCUGAGUCUCAGGAAUUGGUGACAUUCAAGGACGUAACUGUGAACUUCACCCAAGAGGAAUGGAGGCAACUGAACCCUGCUCAGAGGGACCUGUACAGAGAUGUGAUGCUGGAGAACUACAGAAAUCUCAUCUCCCUGGGGCUUCCCAUUUCUACAUGUGAUAUGAUCUUCCAAGUGGGACAAGGGAAGGAGCCUUGGGCAUUUGAUCUGCAGAGAACUGAAGAGAAAGAGGUCCCAAGAAAUAUCUAUCAAGACUUGGAGAGUAGAAUUGAAGUGCAAGGAUCCCUUCUGAAGCAGAAUAUUUCUGAAUUAGAAUCACCAGGAAUUUUAAUAGAAAGACUCAGAGGAGAAGAUCUUCUACCUAAAAACAGGUUGGAAAAAAAGAGACAAAAUGCUAAAGGGGAACCAUGGGGAAAAUCUCUUUGCCGUGAAAGAGGUUUCAAGCAAAUAUCAAUGAACUCUCUUAAAAAUCCCAAUAAAGACAGAGGGCCUGAAUGUGAUAAAUGUGGGAAAACCUUUUUUGAUCGCUCGUCACUUACCAGGCAUCAGAGAACUCAUACUGGAGAGAAGCCCUAUGAAUGUAAUGAGUGUGGGAAAGCCUUCAGACACAGCAGUAGCCUAAGGAGACAUCAGAUGGCUCACACAGGACAAUGUCCCUAUGAAUGUCAUGACUGUGGGAAAGCCUUCUUUGACCGUUCAUCCUUUACCAUACAUGAGAGAAUUCAUACUGGAGAGAAGCCCUACGAAUGUGAUGAAUGUGAGAAAGCCUUCUUUGAUCGAUCAUCUUUUACUCGACAUCAGAGGAUUCAUUCUACAGAAAGUCCCUAUGAAUGUAAUGAGUGUGGGAAAGUCUUCAGCCAGAAAAUUCUACUCACUAGACAUAAGUUAAUACAUACUGGAGAGAAACCUUAUGAAUGUCAUGAAUGUGGGAAAGCCUUUUUUGGCCUCUCAUCUCUUACUCAACAUAAGAGAAUUCAUAGUAAAGAGAAGCCUUUUGAGUGUAGUGAAUGUGGGAAAGCCUUCAGCCAGAGAAGUCACCUUAGUCGGCAUCAGAGAACUCAUACUGGAGAGAAGCCUUAUGAAUGUAGUGUAUGUGGGAAAGUUUUCAGUCGAAAGUCAUCAGUCAUCCAACAUCAGCGACGUUAUGCCAAAGAACAGAAAUUGGGAAUGUUCUACCUGGAGGUGGGAGGAGGUGGUCUAGCUGGGACUACAUUUCCCAGAAUCCCUCAGAGACCACUUUCCCAGAAUUCGGUUCGGCUGAAGCCUCCCGAAGCGGAAGCGGCGCGGCAGUCCGUUCUGUGUUCGCGGCGUGUCCGAGGGAUUGUGUCACGAGGGGCCCGAGGGCAGUGGGGUUUGACUGCUCUGGGGCGUGGAAGGGGGCAGGGAGAGCCCCUCGAAGUGUCCCUGCGGGAGAGCACCGAGACCUGGACGGUCCCCGGUCCUGCGGGGGCCGGGGUCCGAGGGCAGGGGUCCGCGACCCUCCAGGCUUCGAGGCUUGACCGCCCCCAUGCCUCAUCUUCUCAAUACCCAGACUUUACCUUUUUCCUGGAAGGGAAUACAGAAGAAGAAAUGGCUCCUGUGUUCCUGGCAGCCAGAUCACAGGAAUCAGUUACAUUCAAGGAUGUGGCUGUGAACUUCACCCAGGAAGAGUGGGGGCAACUGAACCCUGCACAGAGGGACCUGUACAGAGAUGUGAUGUUGGAGAACUAUAGAAACCUUAUCUCACUGGAAUCCAUCUCCAGGACGGACUGGGGCGGAGCGCCGCGGAGCCCUCUGGGAAAUGGAGUCCGGGGGUGGAAUUCGCAGCGGCUUGAGAUGGUGUGGGAGAUUGAGAUUGUGUUACGAGAGGCCUGUGGGGAGCUGGGAGCGCGGACCCCCACGGCGGGGCGGGGUGGGGAGCGGCGGGGAGCCGGGGGCUCCACUCUCUCCUCCCAGGCAGCACCCCAUGUUCGUGUCCUUUCGUGGGUCCUCAUGGGUGGCGCCGAGCGUGCAGAUGUCAGUUCAGGUGCGGGGCUGGAUGUCCCCGCUGCCCAUCCGCAGGCAUUUAUUAAGCGCCUCCUGAUCGCGGGGACCCGUGCCAGGCGCUGGGGAGUCAAAGACCGAGGGCGUCAGAUGUGAAGGGUUUCCAAGUGAACCAGAAUCUGUUUGUUUCAGGAAUCAGUUACGUUCAAGGAUGUGGCUGUGAACUUCACCCAAGAGGAAUGGCAGCAACUGAACCCUGCUCAGAGGGACCUCUACAGGGAUGUGAUGCUGGAGAACUAUAGAAACCUCAUCUCACUGGGGCUUCCCAUUUCCAAACCUGAUGUGAUCUUCCAAUUGGAGCAAGGGGAAGAGCCUUGGAUACUUGAUUUACAAGGAACUGAGGAAAAGGCAGUACCAAGAAAUACUUCUCUAGUUUCAGGCUGGGAGUAUAUGCCUGAAAUCCAGGAAUCAAUUCUAAAGCAGAACAUUUCUGAAGGAGGAUCAUUAGGCACAUUAACAGAAAGAAUCAAAGGAGAGAUUUCUGUACCUGAAGACAGAGUGGAGAAGCAGAGGGAAAACUCUGAAGGGAAGACAAGAGAAAAACCACUGUCUCUUGAGAGAAAUUUCAAGCAAAUAUCAAUAAAUCAUACCAAAAAACACACUAAAGAGAGAGGUCAUGAAUGUAAUCAGUGCAGGAAAUCCUUUUUUGAUCGUUCUUCCCUUAAUCGACAUCAGAGAACUCAUACUGGAGAGAAGCCCUAUGAAUGUAAGGAAUGUGGGAAAGCCUUCAGCCACAGCAGCAGUCUUAGAAGACAUGAGAUGACCCACACAGGACAAAGUCCCUAUGAAUGUAGCGAAUGUAGGAAAGCUUUCUAUGACCGUUCAUCCCUUGCUGUACAUGAGAGAAUUCAUACUGGAGAGAAGCCCUAUGAAUGUGAUGAAUGUGGGAAAGCCUUCUUUGACAGAUCAUCUCUCACUCGACAUCAAAGGAUUCAUACUGGUGAGAGUCCCUAUGAAUGUAAUGAAUGUGGGAAAGCCUUCAGCCAAAAAAGCAUACUUACUCGACAUCAGCUAACACAUACUGGAGAGAAGCCUUAUGAGUGUAAUGAAUGUGAAAAAGCAUUCUUUGGCCUCUCAUCCCUUAUUCGACAUCAAAGGACUCAUACUGGAGAGACUCCCUUUGAAUGUAAUGAAUGUGGGAAAGCCUUUUUUGACCGCUCAUCCCUUACUCAACAUCAGAAAAUUCAUAGUAAAGAAAAGCCCUUUGAGUGCAAUGAAUGUGGGAAAGCCUUCAAUCAAAGAAGUCACCUUAACCGACAUCAGAGAACUCAUACAGGAGAGAAACCCUAUGAAUGUAGUGUAUGUGGAAAGGUUUUCAGUAGCAAGUCAUCUGUUAUUCAACAUCAACGACGUUAUGCCAAAGACUCAGAUUCCGUUUUCCAGACGCUAUCUCCAAGCCUGCCUGGGAACAGAGCGCCCCCGAGGCCUUUGGCAAAUGAAGUCUGGACGGAGGAAGCGGAAGAGGCCCGAAGAAGGCUGCGGGUAGAGGGGCCGCUGGGGUGUGCGCAGCCCACGCCGGGAGUGCCGCGCGCGCGCUGCUGUGAUUGGGGUUGUGUCGAGAGGGCUGGUCGGGGGAAAGCGGAGCCUGGGGAAGGUGGGGCGGGAUCCCCGUACCGCCGAGAACCGCACUCUCCUCCGGUCUGCGGCAGCGGGAGCCUGGGUCCUGCGAUCGGGGAGUCUCCCCUGGCCGAGGGAAGAGCUGUGAGAAAGCAGAUUCAGUCACCAUGUGGUGAGGCUGCCCUGCGGUGGAAUGGGCCUCCCCAGGAGGGGACAGGUUCCCCCGUGGUAGAGGUCCCCACAGACUGCGUGGCCACCGGACAGGUGUGCUCGGGUGGGGCUUUCUGCUCAGCAGCCUUGCAAUACAGAAGAAGAAAUGGCUCCUGUGUUGCUGACAGCCAGGCCCCAGGAAACUGCCCCAUCUUGGUGGAUGAUGGACUACAUCAGAGAAUUCAUACUGGAGAGAGUCCCUACAAAUGUAAAGAAUGUGGUAAAGCCUUCAGACAUAGCAGUAGCCUUAGGAGACAUCAAAUGACUCACACGGGACAAAGACCCUAUGAAUGUAAUGAAUGUGGAAAAGCCUUCUUUGAUCGUUCAACUCUUGUCAUACAUGAGAGAAUUCACACUGGGGAAAAGCCCUAUGAAUGUGAUGAAUGCGGGAAAGCCUUCUUCGACAGAUCAUCCCUUACUCAACAUCAGAAAAUUCAUAGUAAAGAGAAGCUCUAUGAAUGCAGAGAAUGUGGGAAAGCCUUCAACUUGAGAAGGCACCUUAACCGACAUCAGAUAACUCAUACUGGAGAAAAACCUUAUGAAUGUAGUGUAUGUGGGAAAGUUUUCAGUCUUUGGACAGGUAACCAACCACUAAAUCUACAUGCCUCCCUUUACCCCCAAAACCCUGCCUUAGACUUAAAUCUGGAGUGGCAACCCCAGGUCAUUCUCACUAAACCAGAGAAGGAAAGUUCGAGUUACGCGGAACCACUUACUGGACGGAGCCGCCGGACUCACCUGGACUCCCCGCCGUUGGGGAGGGAAGGGGGUCAGGCCGGUCCAUCCAUGCCCAAGGAAGAAGAGGGGCUUCUUCUGGUCUCUGGUCCCCAGCUCCCCAGGCUCCACAACGCCCCCUCCGGCCUCAGAGCCCUCCUCGGCCCCGGGACACACACACCACGACCCGGCUUCGUUAGCUCAGCCGCCGGGCCGGCUGUCGACCCUCCAGCCCCGCACCGGUCCGAGACCCACAAAGGAAACCAGCUUCCCGACCGGAAGGAAGGGGCGGGACCCUGGAGCUGGCUACUGAGGCUCCCAUCCCCGGGGCUCCGCAUCCCUCCCACUUGUGGUCGGUCCCUUGGGAGCUCGUUUGUGCGAGCCCGUCGCAGGUUCCUUCUGAUCCUUUGUCAGCAGCUGGGCUGCCAGUGGGUUGGGGGCGGGGGGUGGAGUGGGGGGCACGAUCUAGGGGUACUGACAGUUCGUAGUGAGUCUGGGCAAUGUCGCUCAGACUCCCCGGGCUGGCAACCGGAAGUGAACGGACCCAAAGCAGGGCUGGAAAUCGUAGUUCUCGGGAGCGUUGUCAUGGGCUCAGCGCCUCCAGGAUGGGGACCGCAGCGGCUCGGGGCGGAGAACCGGCGUCUCUGGGUCGGGGCGAAGAGGGUCAGCUGGAGAGCUUCGGAGGAGGAGGGAGCUCUGCGGAGCGUUGGGGGCCGGGGAGAAACCCCUCCGGGAUGUGCGGAGGAGGGUCCGUCCGGAGGCCAGCCUCCAUCCAUCCCGGGGGCUUCUGCCCGUCUUGGUAGAAUCUAUUCGGGGUCCUACCUGGGGAUCCAGAGGGAGCCAGAACCAAAUCACACGCCGGCAGCGUGCUGGGUCGGUUUCCAUGGGUCGAAGCUGCGCAGGGGCAGUUCCUCUGAUCGGAGCAAAGCCCUAGGUUCCGAACGGGCCCCGGGGUCGACGUCAGCUGGAGUCUGGUCCGGCUCCCGCGUGGGAGCGCUUGGGGGAGGGGCUGAGCGGGAGGAUAUGCGCAUGCGCCAUGCGCCCUCCUCGUUCCUGGAGUGUGUUUGCGAUAUGGCUGUGGAAUUUACCCUCGAGGAGUGGGAGCAGUUGGACCCUGCUCAAAGAAACCUGUACAGGGAUGUGAUGUUGGAGAGGUAUAGAAACCUGGUGCUGUUGGGACUUCCAAUCUCUAAGCCUGAUGUAAUCUCCCAACUGGAACGAGGAAAAGAGCCGUGGAUGCUGGAGAGAAAAGACCCAAAAGGUGGUCACCUAGAUUGGGAUAUUAGACCUGAAACUGAGAAGUUAAUUUCAAGGCAGGACAUUUCUGAAGAAGAAUCAUCCCAUGGGGUGUUAAUGGAAAGACUCACAAGGGAUUCUGUGUUGGAAGAAACCUGGCAAUGUGAAGGACAGUUAGAGAGCAACUAUGAGAAACAUUUAAGCCAAGACACAGCUGUUCACAAGAAAACAACUGGGGAGAGAAGCCAUCAAGGUAAUGAGUUUGGGAGAAACUUUGGCCUGAGGUCAUUCAUUGUUACACCACAGAAAGUUCCUACGGGAGAGAGAUUUCUUAAAUGUGAUACACUUGGAGAGAACUUGAAACAGAAUUCAGACCUGAUUAAAGAUCAGAGAAUUUGUGCAGGGAAGAAGCCUUGGAAGUGUAAUGAGUGUGGGAAAGCCUUUAGUUACUGCUCAGCCUUUAUCCUCCAUCAGAGAAUUCAUACUGGAGAAAAACCCUACGAAUGUAAUGAAUGUGGAAAAGGUUUCAGCCAGAGCAUACACCUUACCCUUCAUCAGCGAAUUCAUACUGGAGAGAAACCCUAUGAAUGCAAUGAAUGUGGGAAGGCCUUCAGUCACCGAUCAGCCCUUAUUCGACAUCACAUAAUUCAUACUGGAGAGAAACCCUAUGAAUGUAAUGAAUGUGGGAAAGCCUUUAAUCAAAGUUCAUACCUUACUCAACAUCAGAGGAUUCAUACUGGGGAGAAACCCUAUGAAUGUAAUGAGUGUGGGAAAGCCUUUAGUCAAAGCACAUUUCUUACUCAACAUCAGGUAAUUCAUACUGGAGAGAAACCCUAUAAAUGUAAUGAAUGUGGGAAAGCCUUCAGUGACCGCUCAGGGCUCAUUCAACAUCAGAGGACUCAUACUGGGGAGAAACCCUAUGAAUGUACUGAAUGUGGAAAAGCCUUUGGUUACUGCUCUGCUCUUACUCAACAUCAGAGAACUCAUACUGGAGAAAAACCUUAUAAAUGUAACGACUGUGAGAAAGCUUUUAGUGACCGCUCAGCCCUUAUACGACAUCAGAGAACUCAUACUGGAGAGAAACCCUAUAAAUGCAAGGAAUGUGGGAAAGCCUUUAGCCAGAGUUCAUCUCUUACAAAACAUCAGAAAACUCAUACUGGAGAGAAACCAUAUAAGUGUAAUGAAUGUGACAAAGCCUUCAGCCAGAGCUCCUCCCUCUCUCAACAUCGAAAAACUCAUGUUGGCAGUAAAGCCAGCAAAUACGAAAAAGUCUUCAGUGAUCACUCAGCAUUUACUCAACAAAAGAGAAUUCAUACUGGAUAG